GGGCACCCGGGUCAGGCUGCUGGGCGGUGGCACCCGAGGGCUCCCGAGCGGCGGGCUUCGUGCAGGCGCCAUGAGCUGCAUCAACCUGCCCACCGUGCUGCCCGGCUCCCCCAGCAAGACCCGGGGGCAGAUCCAGGUGAUUCUAGGACCCAUGUUCUCAGGAAAAAGUACCGAGCUGAUGAGAAGGGUCCGUCGCUUCCAGAUUGCCCAGUACAAGUGCUUGGUGAUCAAGUAUGCCAAAGACACGCGGUACAGCAACAGCUUCUCCACGCAUGACCGGAACACCAUGGAGGCACUGCCAGCCUGCCUGCUCCGGGACGUGGCCCAGGAGGCCCUGGGCGUGGCUGUCAUAGGCAUCGACGAAGGGCAGUUCUUCCCAGACAUUGUGGAGUUCAGUGAGACUAUGGCCAACGCCGGGAAGACUGUGAUCGUGGCCGCAUUGGAUGGGACCUUCCAGAGGAAGGCAUUCGGGACCAUCCUGAACCUGGUGCCGCUGGCCGAGAGCGUCGUGAAGCUGACAGCCGUGUGCAUGGAGUGUUUCCGCGAGGCCGCCUACACCAAGCGACUCGGCUCGGAGAAGGAGGUAGCCUCCCCUGCCUGCCCCUGCCUGCUGGGGGGAGGGGGAGUCGGGGGGCGCUGUGCCGCCGCUCCCCCCACCCCUGCUCAGUGCAGGCCCUUUCUGUCCCGGGGCCAGGUUGAGGUGAUCGGAGGAGCAGACAAAUACCACUCCGUGUGCCGCCUCUGCUACUUCAAGAAGGCGUCGGGCCCGCCCAUGGGGCUGGACAGCAGGGAGAACAAGGAGAACGUGCUGGUGCUGGUGCCCGGAAAGCCCGGGGAGGGCAAGGAGGCCACGGGAGUCCGCAAGCUCUUUGCUCCCCAGCACGUCCUGCAGUGCAGCCCCGCCAACUGAGGCGGCCCCUGCUGGAUGCCCCUGCCCCUGCCCCUGCCCCUGCCCCUGCCCCUGCCCCUGCCGGGUGCAGCCCUCCCAGAGACACAGGGGGAGGAGCGGGGAUGGAGAGGAAGGGGGGGGACUUUGUGAGUCCCGGCGCGAGUCCGGGUGGCGGCCCGGUUCCCCUUCUCUGUUCCUUUCCCGGCUGCCGGUCUGCUCUUGAGCUCAGGGUCUGGCCGCAGACGGGGGCCCCCCCGCCCUCCUGGGGGGUGCGGGGCACAACCACACACUUAACAACGUGGCGGGGCUGCCGUGGCUUCUUCCCCUUUGUGGCCUUGGCUGUUGAGUUUCUGUUCCCACUGGGAAGUCCGGGCGCCAGCACUUCCAGCUCCACACCAGGCUCGUCCCACGCCAAGGCUUCUGUCCCCGCCAGCGGGGACCACUCCUGGCCCCCAGGGUGGCCCGACUUUGUGCCCUCCGGCUGCCCCCAGGGCCCUGCCUACACUCUGAUCACCUCCAGAGUUACAGCUUCUCUCUCUCACCUGGGAGACACCCUGCUGGGGCUCAGGUCCCCGGGCUUACCUUUAAAAUGGGGGAGGGGGUUAGGGGCAGAGGUGGCUUGCCCCAGGGUCUGUGAUCCUGUUGUAGUUUGUGAAUUAAUAACUAAUAUUAAAACUUA